UUGAUCAUAUGAUUCAUGUAGUGAGGAAAGAUAAAAGACCUGUUUUGCAGUUUGUUCAAACAGCUUGUUAAAGUUUCGUUAACUUUCACGUGUCACGAUGUCGGAUUCGCAAACUAAACAAAUACCUCAAUUUCCAGUGCUUGGAGGAUAUUCUGAAGUAAAAGAUGCCAACGAGGACAUCCAAAAGCUUUGUGAUCAAGUGAAAACUCAAGUAGAGGGAAAAACAGGCAAGAAUUAUAAGGUAUAUGAAGCCAAGCAGUACAAGAGUCAAGUUGUGUCUGGAACGAACUAUAUCAUCAAGGUUCAUGUGGGACAUGGCAAAUAUAUUCACCUGGAGAUCUACAAACAGCUCCCGUGUUAUGGUGGAAAAGUGGAGCUGAGUAAAGUGCAUGUGGGCAAGACGCUUGCAUGUCCUCUCUGAUCAUUGUGAUGGGAUCACGUCACAAAGAACGGCUUCAUCAUCCUGCCAGUGCUUACAGGCUGCAGUCUCACUGUAGAAUGCUGUAUUUCUUUUAUUCUCUGUCAUUAUGCACAACAUUACAUGCAGUUUUUAAUUUGCAGUGAAUGAUGUUCAGUGUGUAAGAAGAGCUUGUAUGAACCUUUUCCCAUGUCUGUUUCUACAUGCAGUGUGCCAUUUGGCUGACGGCUAGUUAACCACAAAGACUGUCGUGUUUGCACAAGUUCUCAAAGCUGAUCUGCAGGAUUUAACGUCACUGACCUCAGACAAGUGUGAGAAAAUCUGUGCUCUUAUAAAAACAAAAUGGGAGGUGUGUCAUCAAGCUAGCAUUGCCACCCGCCUCUUAAAAUACAGAAUUGUCCUUUAUUUGACAACUAAUUGUUGUGCCCCGUAUGGAAUCAAUGUUGUUCAGUAUUUUCACAAAUGUCCCACACAUACUCAUCAAAACUGAAUAAUGAACAAAAUAAAACACAGGAAAUAUUAA